UUUCAUCUUAAUGGGAUGCACAAGCCUGGUGAUGUGAUUCUGGGUGGGUUAUUCGAAGUGCACUACACCUCUGUCUUCCCUGAGCUGACGUUCACGUCAGAGCCAAGUCAGCUCAGAUGCCAAGGCUUUGACCCUCCAGGGUUCAGACAUGCCAUGACCAUGGCCUUUGCUAUCGAUGAGAUCAACAAAAACACCAACCUGCUACCGAAUGUGACUCUGGGAUACAGUAUGUAUGAUAACUGUGCCACACUUGUAAUUGGAUUCAGUGCUGCGUUUUCUCUCGCCAGUGGACGAGAGGCACAGUUUCUGCUUCAGGAGACCUGUUUGGGGACCCCUCCAGUCCUGGGGAUUGUGGGUGAUUCCUUCUCAACGUUUUCUAUCGCCACCUCUGAUGUCAUAGGUUUAUUCAAAUUGCCCAUUGUGAGUUAUUUUGCCACAUGUUCCUGUCUGAGUGACCGUCAAAGGUUCCCAUCCUUCUUUAGGACAAUACCAAGUGAUGCUUUCCAGGUGCAUGCAAUGAUACAGAUACUUAAACGCUUUGGCUGGACUUGGGCCGGUCUGCUCAUCAGUGAUGAUGAUUAUGGACUCCACGUUGCCAGAUCCUUUCAAUCUGACAUGGCUCAGUCUGAUGGAGGUUGUCUGGCCUACACAGAGAUUUUACCCUGGGGCGACAACCCAGAUGAACUGAGGAGAAUAGUGGAAGUGAUGAAGAAAUCCACAGCUCGUGUGGUCAUUGUGUUUGCACAUCAGAUCCAUAUGAUCCAACUAAUGGAAGAGGUCGUGAGACAGAACGUGACAGGCCUGCAGUGGAUGGCCAGUGAAGCCUGGACAGCAGCUGCUGUGCUGCAGACCCCCGACCUCAUGCCGUACCUGGGUGGAACACUGGGCAUUGCCAUCCGUCGAGGAGAAAUAUCAGGGCUCAGGGAUUUUCUGUUACAAACACGUCCUGACCUAGAAGACAACAAUAAUAAAGGAAAAAGCAUGGUAAAUCAGUUUUGGGAAUACACUUUUCAGUGUAGAUUUGCUCCAGCUCCAGCAGGUUGGGUGGAAGCCGGAGGAGCAUUAUGCACUGGGCAGGAGAAGCUGGAGAAUGUGGAGACUGAGUUUUUGGAUGUUUCUAACCUCAGGCCUGAGUAUAAUAUUUACAAGGCUGUGUAUGCUCUAGCAUAUGCACUUGAUGACUUGCUGCACUGUGACCCAGGGAGAGGACCUUUCAGCGGAGACACCUGUGCUACUUUGCAACGACUUGAGCCAUGGCAGCUUAUGCACUACUUGGAAAAGGUAAACUUCACCACACCAUUUGGUGAUCAAGUGUCUUUUGAUGAGAAUGGUGAUGCCCUAGCAAUCUAUGACAUCAUGAACUGGAUUUGGUUCCCUGAUGGAAGAACAAAGGUUCAGACUGUUGGCGUUGUUAAGAAGUCUCUCUUUAAAGGUGAAGAACUCACACUUCAUGAGGACAAAAUCUUCUGGAACUUUGACUCCAAACAGCCACCUCGGUCAGUGUGCAGUGACAGCUGUGCCCCAGGUACCCGCAUGGCCAGAAAGAAGGGGGAAGCUGAAUGUUGUUUUGACUGCAUCCCUUGUUCUGAGGGAAAGAUCACCAAUGAAACAGACUCCCUGGAGUGUACCAAUUGUCCAGAAGACUUCUGGUCCAGUUCCCAGAAUGACCACUGUGUUCCAAAAAGAAUGGAGUUCCUGUCCUACCAUGAACCUCUGGGUAUCUGCUUGACAACAGCCUCACUGCUGGGCACAUUUAUCUGUGCUGUUGUCCUGGUCAUCUUCAUCUGUCAUCGCAGCACACCAAUGGUGCGUGCCAACAAUUCUGAACUCAGUUUUCUGCUCUUGGUGUCACUUAAGUUCUGUUUCCUGUGUUCACUGCUCUUUAUUGGUCAUCCCAGACCAUGGACAUGCCAGUUGAGACAUGCAGCGUUUGGCAUCAGCUUUGUGCUUUGUAUCUCAUGUAUCCUGGUGAAAACCAUGGUGGUUCUGGCAGUGUUCAGGGCCUCCAAGCCAGGAGGUGAAGCCAGUCUGAAGUGGUUUGGUUCUGUGCAGCAGAGAGGGACAGUUCUGGUUCUGACUUCUGUUCAAGCAGCAAUCUGCACCGCCUGGCUCGUCUCUGCUUCACCAGCUCCUCACAAAAACACUCAAUACCACAGUGACAAGAUAGUUUAUGAGUGUGUAGUUGGAUCCACGGUUUGUUUCGCAGUGUUACUUGGCUAUAUUGGAUUAUUGGCUGUCCUUAGCUUCCUGUUAGCAUUUCUGGCAAGAAAUCUUCCAGACAACUUCAAUGAGGCUAAACUCAUAACUUUCAGCAUGCUGAUCUUCUGUUCAGUGUGGGUGGCCUUUGUCCCUGCAUAUGUCAACUCACCAGGCAAAUAUGCAGAUGCAGUGGAGGUAUUUGCCAUCCUGGCUUCUAGUUUUGGCCUCUUGGUGGCACUGUUUGGACCCAAGUGUUACAUAAUCCUGUUGAGACCAGAGAGGAACACGAAGAAAGCAAUCAUGGGUCGAGGCAACACAAAGUGA